AUGCGGCCCUGCGUUUUCCCCCUGGUCCUGAGCGUUGCUUCUGCAGCUCUUGCAUACGAUCCGUUGCUUGGGUUCAACGAUUUUGUGGAAGUUGAGAACCGUACUCUCGAUGAGAUCUAUCAAGAAGCUCUGAAGGAAGGAGGGGUUGUAACUGUCUGGCACGGAGGAGAUGAGGUGCAUCAGCAGGACGGCCUCAAGCAAGCCUUUGAAGCACGCUUCCCAGGCAUGACGCUCAACCUUACCGUCGACCUUUCGAAGUACCACGAUGUCAACCUUGAUAGGCAGAUCGCUACGAACGAUUUGUACGUGGAUAGCAUAAUACUCCAGACGCUGAACGACUAUCCCCGAUGGAAGUCACAAGGAGCUCUGCUCCCUUACAAGCCCUCCGGCUGGGAGCAUGUGUUUGGCGACUUCAAGGACCCUGACGGUGCCUACACUGGUCUCUUCAUCUACAGCUGGUCCAACGUCUGGAACACCGACUAUGUGGACAACGCCGCUGCCCCCAAAGAAUUCACAGACUACCUGAAGCCUGAGUUCAAGGAUAAGCUUGUUCUGACCUAUCCCAACGACGACGACGCCAUCCUCUUCGCCUUCGAUUUGAUCAUGAAACAAUACGGCUACUCCUGGUUCGACAAGCUCCUAGCACAAAACCCUCGCUGGGUCCGCGGCACAGCCACGCCCGCCACCGUCGUCGGUUCUUCGAACGGAUCCUGGACCGCGAGCUUCACCACCACGCUCGGCGGCUCCGUCACCGCUCCGUACAACAUCUCAUACCCCGAGUCGGGCACAUUCGUGACGUGGCCGCAGACGGGUGCCAUCCUCAGGGGCGCUCCGCAUCCUGAGGGAGCGAAGCUGCUCCACUCGUUCAUGCUGUCGGAGGAACGCCAGCGCACGAUGGGAGUGUGGAGCGUGCGCACGGAUAUCCCGGGCCCGGCAGGCCUGCCCAAGGUUCUGGAUAUGCCCGGGACGGAUCCCACGCUGUUCGGCAAGUGGAUGUCGGACCGUGCGGCGGUUGAGAGGCUGCGGUUUUUCUUUGAAGACCGUCUCGGACCUGCGGACGCUAUCAGCCCCCUAAACGAUGAUAUCUAA